GUCUGUGUGUGUCUGAGCGCCACUGUGUGUGUCUGUGAGUGUGUGUGUGCCUUUGUCUGUCUGUCUGUUCACCUCUGUGUGUGUGUAUGCCUCUGUCCGUCUAUCUGUCUGUGCACCUCUGUGUGUGGGUCUGUGUGUGCUUGUGCAUCUCUGUGUGUGUGUGUGUGUCUGUGAGUCUCUGUGUGCCUCUGUCUGUCUGUCUGUGUGCGUCUGUGCACCUCUAUGUGUGUCUGUGUGCCUCUAUGUAGUCUGCCUGUGCCUGUGUGUGUGUCUGGCUGUGUCUGUGAGUCUGUCUGUUCCUCUGUGUGUCUCUGGUUGUCCACGAGUCUCUGUGUGUACAUCCGUGUGUCUGUGCAUGUCUGCGUUUUUGUGUGUCUCUGUGUGUGCGUCGCUGUGAGUGUCUGCGUGUGGGUCUGUGUGAGUCUCUCUCUCUCGCUCUGUGUCUGUGAGUGCGUCUGUAUGUCUGUAUGUAUUUCUGUGCAUGUCUGUGCCUGUGCGUGUCCCUCUGUGACUCUGUGUGUGGGUCUGUGUGUCCCUCUGUAUCUUUUAUCUGUGUCUGUCUGUGUAUGUGUGUGUCUCUCUGUGAGUCUGUGUGUCCAUGUACCUCUUUGUGGGUCUGUGUGAGGGUCUCUGUGAGUCUGGGGGGGGUGUCUGGCUCUGUGUGUGUGUGUGUGUGUGUGCAUGCAUCUGUCUCUGUGUUCCUGUCUCUCUCUGUCUGUCUCUCUCUCCCCCUCUGUCUGUCUGUCGCUGUGUCUAUCUCUUUCCCUCUCUGUCUGUGUGUCUGUCUCUUUCUCUCCCUCUCUGUCCGUCUGUCUGUCCCUGUGCCUCUCUCUCUCCCUCCCUCUCCCCGUACCCCGCGUUGCGCAAUCCGGUCCCGGCGCGGCGGCCAAUGCGGAGCCCUCGGGGCGGGGCGGGUGUUGGGGGUCCCGCCGCCCCGGGGGCCCGUGGAACCCCCCGCCGGGCGCCCUCCUCCCCGAGGGGCGGGCGCAGGGGCAGCCCCGGGGUAUAAAGGCGGCGGCGCAGGUGGGAGCCGCGCGGGACGGGACGAGGAUGCGGGGGCUGGUGGCGCUGCUGGCGGCGCUGAGCUGCGCGGGGCGGGCGGCUGCCCACGGCGGCCCCCUCAGCUCCAACGCCAUCAAGGGACCCCCCCUAGGAGGGGCGGCCGAGGCCAGCGCCGCCCCCGCCGCGCCCUUCGACGGCAGCAACAAGGCACCGCCGGCCGCCACCCGGCAGCCUUUCCCCUGCGCCGAGGACGAGGACUGCGGCCCGGAGGAGUUUUGCGGGGGCGCUGCCCGCGGCGGGGGCGCCCCGCUCUGCCUCGCCUGCCGGAGGCGCCGCAAGCGCUGCCUGCGCGACGCCAUGUGCUGCCCGGGCACGACCUGCAGCAACGGGCUCUGCACGCCCCCGGAGCCGCCCGCCGGAGCCCCCGACCUGGACGAGAUGGGCACCGAGGCGCUGCCCCGGCGGACACCCGCUCCCGCCUGGGUCCCCACUGCGAAAGGUGAGGAGGGGGACUUCUGCCUGCGCUCAUCGGACUGUGCAGCCGGGCUAUGCUGUGCCCGUCACUUCUGGUCCAAAAUCUGCAAGCCAGUGCUGCGGGAAGGGCAGGUGUGUACCCGGCACCGUCGGAAAGGCACCCAUGGCCUAGAGAUCUUCCAGCGGUGCCAGUGCGCAGAGGGGCUGGCAUGCCGCCUCCAGCGAGAGCAUGGCCCUGCCGACGCCUCCCGCCUGCACACCUGCCAGCGGCACUGAGCAUCGCCAGACAGAUGGACAUGAGCGGACGGACUCCGGCCCUGCUGGAGUGGAAAGUUGUUUCUCAAGGGAACUACUUUUAAGCGACUAAUUACAGUACGUUACUGUGUUGUGAAUACUCAAGCUGGCACUUAGCUGUAUAUAACGCCGGGACUUGUAAUUACUUUUUUCCCAAGGGUGCUGCCUUGUGCUCUUCAAGCCGUGACUGUGACUUUGUACACACUGGGUUUUUAAAUCUAGGUCAAAGAGAUGCAGCUGUUUGUUUGCGAGCAAAUAAACCAUUCUUUAAAAUGAGCCCGAGUUGCCUGUGCAUCCCUGUAUGCGCGUGACUGCCACCGUCCUGAGAGGGGAGACGCAGUCCCGGGGUGGAAAUGCUCAAAGAGAGAUGAAGGAGUGGGGUGGCUGAUUGCUGGUGUCCCAUGGCAAAGGCGACUUGGGUAUCAGUAUUUAUUCAGCUACUUUUUAGGAAUUACCACCUAGUGUGCCACCAAUACCCUCUGGCUGCCAGGUGCCGGGCCAAGGCUAGGCAUCGUGACCGAGGCUCCAGGAAGGGUAGGUGGCAGCAAAACACCUUCCUGUGUGAUUUUUCCAUGGGGUGUGGAGGGAGCAAAGCAUCACUGCAGGGGCUGUGCUGG